AUGGGGGAAUUGCAGUUCAGGUUGAAGAGCUUCUAUGCGACCGUCUCUGACCUCUGCACGAAACGCUGGCCCCCCUUUCUCUCGUUUUUCCUGUGGGGAAAGAGGCUGGGGGGGGGCGGCCUUGACAGGGCGACUGUCAAUUUCCACGCGAGGUCCAUGAAUACGAACACCAUGAUAUUUUUGAUCCUGGGGGCCUCGGUUGUGAUGGCAAUAGCAUGUUUAAUGGACAUGAAUGCUCUCCUUGACCGAUUUCACAAUUAUAUCUUACCGCAUCUGAGAGGGGAAGACCGGGUUUGUCACUGCAACUGUGGAAGGCAUCACAUUCAUUAUGUCAUCCCAUACGACGGAGACCAGUCGGUGGUUGAUUCUUCCGAGAACUAUUUUGUGACUGACAACGUCACCAAGCAAGAAAUUGAUCUGAUGCUGGGACUCUUGUUGGGAUUCUGUAUAAGCUGGUUUCUCGUGUGGAUGGACGGACUGCUCCAUUAUGCUGUACGAGCAUGGCGGACGAGCCGACGGUAUGACAAUUCAUGGUCUUGGUUUCCCAAAUUUUGUAACUUCAAGGAGUUCCGAAAACGCCAUCACAGCCAGUAUGACGAAGCCGCUGGAAACAUGGUGCACAUCAAACAGAAAUUGUAUCAUAACGGGCACCCCAGCCCAAGACACCUCUAAGGAAAAACGGGACUGAUAAGCAGUUUAUUGAACUUGCCUUUUGCUGUCUACCAAGGGGAGAUGUCUAGCUACUUACUCCCUGGUGGACACUA